AUGAGCAAUCCUAGCGAACAAGAUAGCAACAACGGUGGCUGGAGAAUCACUCGCGAGAACAUCAAAGCCGCCCUCGCUCUGUCCGAUGACGAGGGAGAAAAUAGUUGUGAUUCGGAUGACGAAGAAGAAGAGGUGAACGAGAACCAGAUCACAGAGUCGGGUUUCCUACCUAGUCGCUUGUCGAUCAUUGAGGGCUACUCCGAUGCGAUGCUCCAAUCUUUGGCAGACAUCACGAUUACUACUCCUGUUGAUCAAGCACCUCCAGGAUUCCCUACUCAAACGUCAAACUUGGGGACCGAGCGAGGUGUUGAGCUCGCUUCCCUUCGCUACAGCAAAGCUCAAAGCAACGCUGAGCGAACGAAAGCGAGAGAACGUCUCCUCUUUCACCGAGAGGCAGCUUUGACCAAGGAGGACAUCGCGCUUGUCAACACCAUCGAUUCUGUCUUUGACACCUCUACCAGAGUUCAACAGUUGAGAGCGAAUAUCAAAACUUCAUGGGACAGCGGAGUGAAGGAGACAUCGCAAUUCGAAGGAACUUUGGACGAAAGUCAGCUUGGCAGCGGGUUCCUCAAAGAGGAGAUGGGAAAGUAUGCCACGAGUAAGUUUGAAGAUUACAAGAUGGUGCAGAGUCUACCGGAGAGGACGGCCGAGCAGACUUUUGAGAAGAAAAUCAACCUUCGAGCAUGGGGGAAUAGCUUCGAGGAGCAUUGGGCUUUGAGACAACUACCAGAGGAGUAG